GUUGCGCGGCAUUUUUUCUUCUUCUUCUAUUCCUCUUUUCAGUGGUAAUAUGGGAGCCACGAGCUCUUACUGGGGCGCCUUGAUCCGAGGAAGGGAGGCGAGGAGCCCGGCACAGGGCCAGAGCAUGGGAUGAUGAGGACUAUCCUCUGCUGAUCUCAAUGCAGACGACCAGUGAUGGCCACAACAUCACCUCGACAUUUGUUGGAUGACAUAGAAAAAGGAGGACAAGAACAGCAGCAGCAGCAGCAGCAGGAGGAAUUCCUGAGAUCGCUGGAGACAAUUGUUCUGACCAUCUUUCUCUCCAUUAUUAUCGUCAUGACAGUGUUUGGCAACCUGCUGGUCAUGGUGGCACUCUGCAAGGACAGACAUCUGAGAAAAAAGAAGACUAACUACUUCAUUGUGUCGCUGGCGUUCGCUGACUUGCUGGUCGCCUUGUUGGUGAUGCCCUUCGCUGCCAUCGAGCUGACCACCGGAGAGUGGAGGUACGGAGAGAUCUUCUGUCUGGUCCGAACGUCCCUCGACGUCCUGUUGACCACAGCGUCCAUACUGCACCUCUGCUGCAUCGCACUGGACAGGUAUUACGCUAUCUGCUGCCAGCCGCUGGUCUACAGAAACAAGAUGACCCCAGUCAGAGUGGCAGUGAUGCUCAGUGGCUGCUGGCUCAUCCCCAUAUUCAUCUCCUUUCUACCCAUCAUGCAAAGCUGGAACGCCAUCGGCAUCGAGGACAUUAUUGAAGAGAGGAACGCGUUGGCAGGAGGCUCCAACGACACCAGCUGUGUGUUUCUGGUCAACCGGCCGUAUGCCCUGAUCUGCUCAACAGUGGCCUUCUACGUCCCGUUGGCCCUCAUGGUCCUGGCCUACCAGCGGAUCUACGUCACCGCCAUGACCCACGUCCGGCAGAUCGAAACACUGCAGCGUGCCGGCUCUGCUCCCGUCACCGGGACGAGCCCAGUCCCAACCGUGAGGUCCUCCACUUCCUCGGAUCCAUCGGAGCACUCCCGCCUUGGGACAACGACGGGCUCCCCGCCCUCAGAGCAGGCUCCCCUAGCGAACAGCCGCAUGCGCAUCGAGACCAAGGCGGCGAAGACGCUGGCGGUUAUCAUGGGUUGUUUCUGUCUGUGCUGGGCGCCGUUCUUCAUCACCAACGUGGUGGACCCCUUCAUCCAUUACUCAGUGCCCUGGCAGCUGUGGACAGCCUGGCUGUGGCUCGGCUACAUUAAUUCGGGGUUGAACCCUUUCCUGUACGCCUUUCUGAACCGGGCAUUUCGGAGGGCGUUUCUGGUGAUUCUCUGCUGUGGCGAUGAGCGGUAUGCACGGCACGGGAGCUGCUCCUAUGGACACACCCAGAGAGCGUGCUCGGCCGCAUCGGUCAACGGGACAUCGAUGGCACUGAGAUUGUCAUUCCUGCCAAAUCGCAGCUACAGUGACAACGGGCAGACGAUACUGGCCAACGAGCAGGAGUCCCAGGACUCUCUCGGACCACUUUGAGAAUGUCUUGAUCGAGCUAUGACAUCAUCAGCUGAUGUGGGGGACCAUUGAGUUAGCUCAGAAGCGAAGCAUUCUUCACAGUCUACUGUGAACUGACCUGAGACUGGGAUUAUCUCACCUGGAUAUUCACUCUAAGAGCCAGAAUCCUCUUGAGGUUACAUGUAUUCCAGGGUCAGAGGCACUAUUGCUGGCCGUCAGAUGGUCCGAUCUGACUCUUGGUGACUCGAAAUGAGAUUUAACCAAAUUGUGCUUAAACACGAGUUGUUCUUGCGUCCAUCCACUGCCAAUAUUUUUCCAGGUUCCGAUUCUCAACCCAGAGAACUGGGCUUCUCAGUUGGACAUCAGGAUGUGAAGAUGAAUCGCCACAGAUCUCAGAAACUACAGCAGAUCACAUGCCAAACUCUUCUGCUUUUAAACCUCUAAUAUGGCAUCAAUGACGAGGUAACAGUUAGGUGUAAAGUUCACUAUUGUAGAGCAGUUUGUAUUCUUGUCUUUUACCAGCAGUGAGAGCAAUCUGAAACUGCUGAAUGUAAUGUCAAAAGUAGAUGUGUUUUUUUAAUUUUUUGUUAUCCUUCAUUUCAUAUUUCAUCUUGAAAUAGGUGUAAACAAAACAUCAAAAUUGAAAACCCAGGAUAUGAAAUCAGAAAGGGACCCAUUUCACAGUCUGGCAGUUUGUGAUGAAAUACAGUGUCAACUUCUAUCUUUGACCAUUGUGAUGAAACACUUGCCCAAACCGCUCAUGGCACAUUAAAUAUUGUUGCACUUAUCUCUGGCUGAAUACCGUGUUGCAUGUCGUUCGACAACCAACAACGAUGUUGCGUUGGUCUGGUCGUGCAGCUAUGCAUUACUGCAACAAGGGGGAGGAGCUUAAUGACAGCGUUUACUGCAAGGAACGACAGAGACAUAUAGGAAUUCAUGUAAAUGAAAUGGUUUGAAAGCACUGAAAGUACGUAUACAUAUUUAGCAUUCAAACGGACAUACAUGUAUAUGAAAGUGAACCUUUUAGGAAUCUGAGAAAGAAAACUUUCUGGUAAUGUGCACUGUGCAGAAGACACCUUGAAACAGGAAGUAGUAGUUACAUGUGGCCUGUCCACCAAAUUCAAUUCAAUUCAAUUCAGUUUAUUUGUUUAGCCCAAUUUCACAAAUUACAAAUUUGUCUCGGAGUGCUUUACAAUCUGUACACAUAGACAUCCCUGUCCCAAAACCUCACAUCGGAUCAGGAAAAACUCCCAAAUAACCCUUCAGGGGGAAAAAAGGGAAAAAACCUUCAGGAGAGCAACAGAGGAGGAUCCCUCUCCAGGAUGGACAGGUGCAAUAGAUGUCAUGUGUACAGAAGGACAGAUUUAGAGUUAAAAUACAUUCAAAUGGUCACACACUGAAUGUUUCUUUCCCUUUUUGGGCUCAACAUGAAACGUAAACCGAGAGCAGCUGGACGCCACCAUGACAGGGCCGAGGAGAAAGAAAGAUCCUGGAGAUGGAUGCUUGUGAUCCUCAAAUCUGGUCUCAAUAACAUUAGAUUUGAAAUUGGGUAACACUUUAUAAUAACUGCACUCUAUGAAGCAUUAGUUACCUAUGAGUAAACACUUAAUUCAUCAUUUCUAAUGCAUUUGUUCCCACUUUAUAAAUGAUUGAUUCACCAUUUGCAUGCAGUUAUAAAAGUUUUUAAAGUUAUAAAUGUAAUAACUGCACGCUAUGAAGCAUUAUAUAAUAAUUCAUUUACAAAUGGUGAAUCCAUUAUUCAUAAAGUGUGGAACAAUGCUUUAUAAGUGAUGAAUUAAGUGUGUACUCAUACUAAUGCUUCAUAGAGAGCAGCUAUUUCAAGUGUUACCACAAUUGUAGUAAUCUAUUUUUAUAAAUUUGAUAUUUGGGCCUUUAAAAAAACUCAACACAUGGAUUUCCCCCCUUUUCCACCUCAUGAAUGUGUAACUAUAGACAGGUAAAGGUGGGAACUGUAGUUUUUAGCAAGUGUUUUUCAGACAGGGGUGAACUGGGGAAUGUGGGGGACUAUUUUCAGCCACUGAUUUGAUGCAAAUUGAAAAAACUAUGAAAGUUAAUUUCAUGUUCUCCGGGGCAAGCACUAUUUGUUUCUCUCCACAGUGAACUGGAAAAUGAGAAAUUGCGAAAAUGUCAGCAAACAAUAUGAAAAUGUUUCUCAUGGGACAUGAUGGUUAGUCAUUCAGGCCAGGGUGAAUAUCACGCUCAAGAAGCUUUAGACUUAGAGACUUGUGUCUGUUUGCUGUCUAAUGGCCGGACUGUGUUUUAAAGCAGCAUUGUGUGAUUUGUGACCACUAGAGGGCAACAUUCACUCUCCUUUGAUUUGGUCACGAUUUUCUUCAGCAGCCAUUUGUUUUGCGCCCCUGAAGUUUUACUAUCGAGCUAGUUCACUUGCUGUACAGUCCUUGGAAGGCCUGUGAGACUAAAAACUAAAUAAUGAACAACAGGUGGCUGAAAUAUCUAAAUACAGCAACACUUGUUAUGCAGAGUGGGUUUGGCAGCACUAGUCCCCCAUUCACAUGAGGCUACUCGAUCUGAUUCAAAGGCAGUUAAAAAAAAAGGCCUCUCCGAUUUAACGCUCUAGUUUGAUGCUCGGUUAACAUAUCUGAUUCCUUAUCGCUCUCUCUCUCUCUCUCUCUCUCUCUCUCUCUCUCUCUCUGUCUGUCACAACAUGAUGAGGAGAUGGACACACAGAGGUGUGAAGCCAACUCAGCCGCCUACACUUUCUCCUCACAUUUUUAUUGAUUUUUUCCCCCCCGCAUCUCUGCCUCAGAAAACUUAACUCAAAAUCUUUCCAUUUUGUUUUCAAUGCACAACCUCAAAGUCCAGCUUCAAAGGUGACGAGCUGAAUGAAUGUCUUGUUACAAUGUGACAACCUGUAAUAGUCCACCAUGCCCUGUAGUUCAUCUUUAUUGUGUGCGAUGGAGAUGAUGAAUAAACAGAGAAUUUGUC